UCCCUAAAACUAAACCUGUUGCAAGCCGUGGACCACCAGCAACCUGUUGCAUUCAAGUCCAACCAUUGCAGCUCCCAGAAUCAUCAUUCCCCCGGCAAUCAGAAUAACAGUAAAAGUGCACGCGCCAAUCGUCGUCGUCGCCGCCGUCGCAACAAGCAGCAGCAAAAUUCGCAGCAACCUGACGCCUUCCAGGAUCGAGACGCGCAGCUAACACCGAGCACCUCCUCAUCCACCCCGCACUCGGCACCCAACGAUAGCCAGGACCUCACCGCCUACUCCAAUUCCAAUUCCCAUUCCGACUCUUUAAACCAAAACCACGUCAAGAUGCCCGCCCGUUUCGCCGAGGAAGUUAUCACCGCGGAGCCCGCACAGCGUGCUGCCCCCCAAUUGGACCUGGGUGGCGGCCACUAUGCGCCCCGUCAACAACAGCAGCUGAACGAUGAGAUCGCUAUCACCGGAUUCUCGGGUCGUCUGCCGGAGAGCUCCACCAUUGAGGAGUUCAAGCAGAACCUCUUCAAUGGCGUCGACAUGGUCAACGAUGAUCCUCGUCGCUGGGAGCGCGGACUCUACGGUCUCCCCGACAGGAUUGGCAAGAUCAAGGAAGAGGAUCUGGAGAACUUUGACCAGCAAUUCUUCGGCGUCCACCAGAAGCAGGCCGAGUGCAUGGAUCCCUUGCUGCGCAUGCUCUUGGAGCUGACCCACGAGGCGAUCAUUGAUGCCGGUCUGAACCCCAGCGAUCUGCGUGGAUCCCGUACUGGUGUCUACAUCGGUGUGUCCAAUUCGGAGACGGAGCAGCAUUGGUGCAGCGACCCAGACCGUGUGAAUGGAUACGGCUUGACUGGAUGUGCUCGUGCCAUGUUUGCCAACCGCAUCUCCUUCACGUUCGAUUUCAAGGGACCCAGUUACAGCAUCGACACUGCCUGCUCCAGCUCUCUGUACGCCCUGGAACAGGCUUUCUCGGACAUGCGUCAGGGCAAGAUCGACAACGCCCUGGUGGCCGGAGCUGGUCUCAUUCUUAAGCCCACUAUGUCCCUGCAGUUCAAGCGGUUGAACAUGUUGAGCCAGGACGGAAGCUGCAAGGCCUUCGACGAGUCCGGCAACGGAUACGUCCGUUCCGAUGGUUGUGUGGUUCUGCUUCUGCAGCGUACCUCUACCGCCCGUCGUGUCUACGCCUCGAUCCUGAACGUGCGCACCAACACGGACGGUUUCAAGGAGCAGGGUAUCACCUACCCCAUCGGCAAGAUGCAGAACCGUCUGAUCCGCGAGACCUACGAGGAGAUCGGUCUGAAUCCCAACGAGGUUGUGUACGUGGAGGCCCACGGAACCGGUACCAAGGUGGGUGAUCCCCAGGAGGUCAACUCCAUUACGGACUUCUUCUGCAAGAAUCGCUCCAAUCCGUUGCUGAUCGGUUCCGUUAAGUCCAACAUGGGUCACUCGGAGCCCGCCUCUGGUGUCUGCUCGGUGGCCAAGAUCCUGAUCGCCAUGGAGGAGGGCGUCAUUCCCGGCAACCUGCACUACAACAAGCCCAAUCCCGAUCUCUACGGCCUACUGGACGGUCGCCUCAAGGUGGUGGACAAGAAUCUGCCCUGGAACGGCGGCAUCAUUGGCCUGAACUCCUUCGGCUUUGGCGGUGCCAACGCCCACGUGAUCCUCAAGUCGAACCCCAAGCCCAAAGCCCUGACCCCCAAGGACGGAGCUGCCAAGGUGGUUGUCGCCUCCGGCCGUACCUUCGAGGCCGUGGAGCAGCUGCUCGAGUCGGCCGCCAACCACGCCGAUGAUGAUGAGUACCUGCAGUUGAUCAAUGACAUCCACUCGAAGACCAUCCCGAACCACUACUUCCGCGGCUACGGCGUGGUGAGCAGCAAGGGCACCCACCAGCGCGAGGUGCUGGAGUACUCCGACGAGAAGCGCCCGGUCUGGUACAUCUACUCCGGCAUGGGCAGCCAGUGGGCCAGCAUGGCCAAGGAUCUGAUGAAAAUCGAGGUGUUUGCCAAGAGCAUCCAGCGCUGUGCCGACAUCCUCAAGCCCGAGGGCGUCGAUCUCAUCGACGUUCUCACCCGCUCCACGGACAAGAGCUUCGAGAACAUCUUAAACUCCUUCAUCUCGAUCGCCGCCAUGCAGGUGGCCCUGACAGACCUGCUCAGCUCCCUGGGCAUCACUCCCGACGGCAUCGUGGGUCACUCCGUGGGUGAGCUGGGCUGUGCCUACGCCGACGGAUGCUUCACCCCGGAGCAGACCGUGCUGGCCGCCUACUGGCGUGGCAAGAGCAUCCUGGACACCCAGCUGGCCAAGGGCAAGAUGGCCGCUGUCGGUCUGAGCUGGGAAGACGCCCACCAGCGUGUGCCCGCCGACUGCUUCCCCGUCUGCCACAACAGCGAGGACAACUGCACCAUCUCGGGCCCGGAGGCCUCCAUUGAGGCGCUGGUAGCCAAGCUGAACGUUGAGGGUGUCUUCGCCAAGGCUGUCAACUCGUCUGGAUAUGCCUUCCACAGCAAGUACAUCGCCGACGCUGGACCCAAGCUCCGCAAGAGCCUGGAGAAGAUCAUCCCGAACGCCAAGAACCGCACUACCCGCUGGAUCAGCACCAGCAUCCCUGAGUCCGCUUGGAACUCGCCGGUGGCCAAGCAGUCUUCUGCCGCCUACCACGUCAACAACCUUCUGUCGCCCGUCCUCUUCCACGAGGCCCUCCAGCACGUGCCCAAGAACGCCAUCUCCGUGGAGAUUGCCCCGCACGGCCUGCUCCAGGCCAUCCUCAAGCGCGCCCUGGGUCCGGACGCCACCAACCUGAGCUUGGUGAAGCGCGGUCACGAGAACAACGUGGAGUUCUUCCUGACCAAUGUCGGCAAGCUGUACGCUGCCGGUGCCCAGCCCCAGGUCCUCAACCUGGUGCGUCCCAUUUCUUACCCGGUUGGCCGUGGCACCCCCAUGUUGAACUCCAAGGUCGGCUGGGACCACACCCAGAAGUGGCUGGUGGCCAAGUUCGGCAAGGAGACCUCGUCGGGUGAAACCAUUGUCGAGGUGGAUCUGUCCAAGGAGGACGACGCCUUCCUGGCUGGCCACACCAUCGAUGGCAGGAUCCUGUUCCCGGCCACCGGCUACAUGACUCUCGCCUGGCAGACCUUCGCCAAGAUGCGUGGCAGCGAGUUCCACAAGACCCCCGUGGUGAUGGAGAACCUGGUCUUCCACCGAGCCACAAUCCUGAACAAGAACGCCGUGGUCAAGUUCGGCAUUAACUUCUUUGACGGCACUGGCGCCUUCGAGAUCUGCGAGAGCGGCAGCUUGGCCGUUUCCGGCAAAAUUACCAUUCCCGAGUCCAUUGAGAAUGAGGAGCUGCCUCUGGAGGCCCAGACGCCUAGCACUGUGGCCAAGGAGCUCGUCACCGGAGAUGUCUACAAGGAGCUGCGUCUGCGUGGCUACGACUAUGCCGGAAUCUUCCGCGGCAUCGUGCGCUCUGACACCGUGGCCUCCACCGGUACCCUGCAGUGGGUGGACAACUGGAUCAGCUUCAUGGACACUAUGCUCCAGUUCAGCAUCCUGAGCAAGAACUUGCGUGAGCUCUACCUGCCCACUCGCAUCGAGAGGGCCGUCAUCAAUCCUCUGAAGCACCUGGAGCUGCUCAGCGGACUCACCAAGGAGCAGCAGCUCGAGACCGGAGUGCCAGUACAGUGGUACAGCGACAUCAACGUAAUCAAGAGCGGUGGAGUCGAACUCCGUGGCCUGAAGGCCAAUCUCGCCCAGCGUCGUCCUGGCACCCAGGCUCCGCCCACUCUGGAGCGCUACCAGUUCGUGCCAAACAUCAAUACCACCGAUCUGAACGAGAACUCUGAGAAGGCACGCCUCCACGCUUUGGACGUGGCCAUUCAGCUGAUCAUCGAGAACUCCAGCGGCGCUGUGAAGCUUAAGGGUGUGGAGCUCGCCAACGGCAGGAAUCCCGAUGUUCUGGUGGCCAACCGCCUUCUGCAGAUCAUCGAGGGUGAGCCCGUCCUCACUGGAGACGUCGCCGUUGUCACAUCGAACAACAAUGAAGAGACCAUCACCGCCGCUCUCGGAGAUUCCGGAGUGCGCGUUGUGUCCAAGGAUGUGCUGAAGGAACCGGUUGAGCAGAACUGUCACUUCGUCUUCGGCAUCGAUGUGCUGUCCCGUCCAGACACCAAGACCCUGGAGAACUCUAUCGCCACCAUUCGCGAGAAUGGCUUCCUGAUCUUCGAGGAGUCGGUCUCCAGCUACACCAAGACUGGCCGUGCUCUGUUGGCCAAGUUUGGAUUUGUGGCUGUCCAGGAGCAGAGCUUGGGCGCCUCCCGCGUCCUCGUGCUGGCCCGCAAGACCGUGGACCUGAAGACUCGCAAGUCCGUCGUGGUGGUGGCCACCGAGCAGAACUUCACCUGGGUGGAUGACCUCAAGGCCGCCCUGGCCACUGCCCAGACCGAGGAGCAGUACGUUUACGUGGUGUGCCAAGGAGAGGAGCUGUUUGGCGCCGUCGGUCUGAUGACCUGCAUCAAGAACGAGAACGGCGGCAAACUGGCCCGCCUGGUCUUUGUCCAGGACACCAAGGCCGAGAAGUUCUCCCUCACCUCGGCCCUCUACCGCCAGCAGCUAGAGAAGGACCUCAUCUCGAACGUGCUGAAGAACGGUGCCUGGGGCACCUUCCGUCACCUGAAGCUGGAGACCCAGCAGGCCACCCUCCAAGUGGAGCACGCCUAUGUGAACGCUCUCGUCAAGGGUGAUCUGGCCUCGCUGAAGUGGAUCGAGGCUGCCCAGGCGCAGACCGUGUCCGCCAACAAGGAUCUGGAGACCUGCACUGUGUACUCCGCCCCCAUCAACUUCCGUGAUGUGAUGCUCACCUCCGGAAAGCUGGCCGCCGAUGCUCUGCCCGGAGAUCUGGCCGAGCAGGAUUGCGUGCUCGGACUGGAGUUCGCCGGUCGAGACUCGCAGGGUCGUCGUGUUAUGGCCAUGGUACCGGCCAAGUCCCUGGCCACCACUUGCGUGGCCAGUAAGCGCAUGAUGUGGCAGAUCCCCGAGAAGUGGAGCAUGGAGGAGGCCUCAACGGUGCCUUGCGUCUAUUCCACCGUUUACUACGCCCUGGUGGUGCGCGGCCAAAUGAAGAAGGGUGAGAAGAUCCUCAUCCAUGCCGGUUCCGGCGGAGUUGGUCAGGCUGCCAUCUCUGUGGCUCUGGCCCAUGGGCUCACCGUCUUCACGACCGUGGGCAGCAAGGAGAAGCGCGAGUUCCUGCUGAAGCGGUUCCCCAAGCUCCAGGAGCGCAACAUUGGCAACUCCCGAGACACCUCCUUCGAGCAGCUGGUCAUGCGCGAGACUAAGGGACGCGGUGUCGACCUGGUGCUGAACUCCCUGUCCGAGGAGAAGCUGCAGGCCUCCAUCCGCUGCCUGGGACUCAACGGACGCUUCUUGGAGAUCGGCAAGUUCGAUUUGAGCAACAACAACCCCUUGGGCAUGUCCGUGUUCCUGAAGAACACCUCCUUCCACGGCAUCCUGCUCGACAGUGUGAUGGAAGGCGAGGAAGAGAUGCAGAACCAGGUUGUGUCUCUGGUUGCCGAGGGCAUCAAGUCCGGUGCCGUCGUGCCCCUGCCCACAUCAGUUUUCAACGACCAGCAGGUGGAGCAGGCCUUCCGUUUCAUGGCGUCCGGCAAGCACAUCGGCAAGGUGGUGAUCAAGGUCCGCGAUGAGGAGCCGGGCAAGAAGGCUCUGCAGCCAAAGUCCCGUCUCAUCAACGCCAUCCCACGCACCUACAUGCACCCGGAGAAGAGUUACAUCCUCGUUGGAGGACUUGGAGGAUUCGGUCUCGAGCUUACCAACUGGUUGGUUUCGCGCGGAGCCCGCUUCAUUGUCCUCACCUCCCGUUCCGGCGUGAAGACCGGCUACCAGGGUCUGAUGAUCCGCCGCUGGCAGGAGCGUGGCGUCAAGGUGGUGAUUGACACCAGCGAUGUGACCACCGCCGCCGGAGCCAAGAAGCUGCUGGAGAACAGCAACAAGUUGGCCCUCGUCGGAGGCAUCUUCAACUUGGCCGCGGUGCUGCGGGAUGCUCUCAUUGAGGACCAGACCGCCAAGGACUUCAAGACAGUCGCUGAUCCCAAGGUCACCGCCACCAAAUACCUGGACCAGUACUCGCGCACCAUCUGCACGGAACUGGACUACUUCAUCUGCUUCUCCAGCGUGUCCUGCGGUCGCGGUAAUAUCGGACAGACCAACUACGGUUUGGCCAACUCCGCUAUGGAGCGCAUCUGCGAACAGCGCCAGGUGAGCGGAUUCCCCGGCACGGCCAUCCAGUGGGGAGCCAUCGGAGACACUGGUCUGGUCCUGGAGAACCUGGGUGACAACGACACUGUGAUCGGAGGAACCCUGCCCCAGAGAAUGCCCUCGUGCCUGCAGACCAUCGACCUGUUCCUACAGCAGCCCCAUCCCGUGGUUGCCUCCAUGGUUGUGGCUGAGAAGCGCAAGUCUGACCAGUCGGGCGGCGUCAGUUUAAUCGCCACCAUUGCCAACAUCCUGGGUCUGCGCGACACCAAGAACAUCCAGGACGGAGCCUCCCUGGCGGAUCUGGGCAUGGACUCUCUGAUGAGUGCUGAGAUCAAGCAGACGCUGGAGCGCAACUUUGACAUUGUGCUCUCGGCCCAGGAGAUCCGCGGGCUGACCUUCGGAGCCCUCAAGGCGAUGGACGGUGGAGCACCUCCAGCCGCAGCUGCCGCUCCAGCUGCCAGCGCACCGGCUACCGGAACUGGAGCCACCACGGAACUUAACAUCACCUCGGGUGGAUCCUCGCGCACCGCUAGCCCUCUGGGUGAUGGUACCCAGGUGGUGUUCACCAAGGAACUCAUCCCCACACAGACGAUCGUCCAGCUGGCCACAAAGGCCGCCGCCACCAGCAAGCAGACUCCCAUCUUCUUCGUGUCGCCCAUUGAGGGCUUCGCCUCCGCCCUUGAGCCCCUGGCUAAGCGCCUGGAAGUGCCCGCCUAUGGUCUCCAGUUCACCGAAGCCGUACCUUUGGACUCUGUCGACUCGGCUGCCAGGUUCUUCAUCAAGCAACUGCGCACCGUUCAGCCAAAGGGUCCCUACAAGCUAGCUGGUUAUUCCUUCGGUUGCCUGCUCACCUACGUAAUGGCCGCCAUUCUCGAGGAGACCAACGAGGUGGCCAAUGUGAUCAUGUUGGACGGCGCCCCGACCUACGUGAACUGGUACACCAGUAGCUUCAAGCAGCGCUACACCGCCGAUGACGACAACAACAACCAGAGUUACGGCCUGGCCUACUUUGGCAUCGUCCUGGCCAACAUUGACUACAAGGCGCUGGUACGAUUGCUAUUGGUGAUUCCCACUUGGGAGGAGAAGCUGGAGAGGUUCGCUGAGUUGAUGAGCAAUGAGAUCACACAGCCCGUGGAAGUGAUCAAGAAAUCCGCCACUCUGUUCUACAAGAAACUGGAGCUGGCCGACAGCUACAAACCCACGUUAAAACUGAAGUCCAUUGUGUCCCUGGUGAAGCCCACAGACAACUCAGCCAAGCUGGACGAGGACUAUCGCCUCAAGGAGGUCUGCACAAAGCCCGUGGAAGUUCACACUGUUGAAGGCAACCACCGCACCUUCCUCAUUGAGGAUCAGUCCCUGACCACCAUCCAGAGCAUACUGAAGCGCCUGUUCAACUAGGCUACAACAUAAGCAUAGACGUUCGUGGAUGUGGGCAUCACAGCAUCAUCUCUCACCCCGCGCACACAUCCAAUACUCGUGACACCUAGUUAGCGUUAAUUAGCGAAUGAAUUUACGUUGUUGAGCUGCAAGGAAUCGGUCGCUCUCAUCCCAGUUAAACGCACAGCUUUAAGGAACCGUUUAUCUCCCAUUAACUGCUGUCUUGCAGAGUCUGUGGACGUGGUCCAAAUUUGUCUACAGCCACUGCGAUUCCGGGCAGUUGAAAGUGAUAAUACGGACUCCCCAAAAACACAUCACAUCUGCGCUUUGUGCACCGCACCCAAGACAUUCCUUGAGAGCCAGACGGCACUAGACGUCCCAACUUACCAAAAAUAUAUCUUAUACGCUCUACCUAUAACGUAUGUGUAUAAUUCGUCGCAUAUUCUAGUUUAAUUGCCUAGUUGUAAGCCUAAAGUUUGUAGUCGCGCACGAAAUGAAUUUCAUUCCUCGAAAUUACACAAACCAUGUCAAGAAUUUACAAACAUUGUUUAGCUCUCUCUUGAUGUAUGUAUAAAAUAAUCGCCCAAAAUGAUCACUCACGAAUAUUGUGGAUAUUAAAAUUACACCAUAAAAAAGUUUAAUGGAUAAAA